AUGUAUCACGCCGAAAAGCUUUGUUUAUUGCUACUGUUCGGGCUGGAGCUCGUACAUUCAGUACCUGUGAAGAGUGCAGCUGACGUCGCUUACCCGGAAGUGAUAGUACCAACUGAAACUGCAGCUGGGAAAAUUAGGACGGAGGACGCAACUCGUGAUAAACGACAUCUGGACUUCGGAGGCAUCGGAAUUGGCGUUGGACUGAUUGGUGGUGGAUUUGGUGGAGGUUAUGGAGGAGGCUAUCCUCCCUAUGGAGGAUUUGGACCGUACGGUGGUGGUGGUGGAUUUGGACCGUACGGUGGCUACGGUCCGUACGGAGGAUUUGGACCACAGGGAGGAUUCGGACCGUACGGGGGACUUGGACCAUAUGGAGGAAUAGGAGUGCCCUACGGAGGAUAUGGUGGUGGCUAUGAGUACGGUUAUGGUUCCAGUUACGGUUUCUACGGUUGA